AUGUUGAGCAGCCUCCUCCUCUCCUCCACCUCCUCCUCCUCCGCCGCCGCCGCCGCCGCAGCAGCCCCAGCCGCCGCCGCUUGUGCUUUGUUGUCGGCUCCAUGUAGUUGGGGGCCCGGGGGAGGGAGGAGGGGAGGGGGGCGGGCGGGGGAGAGAGAGAGAGGAGAGAGAGAGGGGGGAAAAAAAAGAGAGGGAGAGGGAGGCGAGCAGGCAGGAAGAGCGAGCGGGCGCUGUGAGGAGCCGCAAAAAGACCAGGCCGCCGGGCCUGAGGAGAGAGAGAGAGGGAGGCACCAUUUAUAUAUAUAUCUAUAUCUUAUAACUCUUAUCUAUCUAUAUACAGAAGGCACUAUUUUUUAUUUUUUAAAAAAACAUAUAUAUAUAUAACCUUCCGUAUUCCCGGCCGCCGCCGCCGCUUCCAAAGCCAUGGAAGCCAAUUGGACCGCGUUCCUCUUUCAGGUGAGGGGAGAAAAGACGACCACCCUCUUCAAAAACCAACCCCCCCCCAGCACCGCGCGCGCACUUCUGAAAAGCCCCCCCCUCCUUAAAUGUCCCCGCCUCUCCCUCCCCCAACCCCCCUCCCUCCCUCCCUCCCGCCCGCGCUUGCCUGCCUCCCCCCCCCCCCCGCACAAGGCACCCCGCGCAACCCUCCCCGCCAGGCCCUGAUUCUUCUUGCAAAGGGCCGGCUCGCUCUGUCAGCAGCAUCGGCGGCGGGCGACCCCCCCCCCGAAGAAUAGCCGCGCGCGAGGGGGGGGGGCGGAAUAGCGGGAGGGAGAGGGAGGGAGGGAGGAGAAUGUAGCUGCUCUCUACGGCGCUGUGGGAGGCCGGCUAUAGCGCGCUCGCUCUCCCUCUUUCUCUCUUUUCUCUCCUCUCUCCCGCACCCUCCCCCCCCCCCGCAGCCUCCUGCGUCCGAAACAGCAGCCCCGCCACUACCGAAAAACAAACACAAACCUGUUUUGUGGAGGUGGAUUUCCUCUUCUCCCCCCCCCCCAAUACUUUGCUGGUUGGGGUUUUUUUGUGUGUGUGUCCAUUUUUUCUUCCCAAAGAAGAAGGAAUUCGAGCUCUCUCCUUUUUUUAAUUUGGGGAGUGGUGGCUGCCCUCCGCUCUCCUGUCUACUCAUCGUAUUUGCGCAGAUAUUGGUGGCCGAGGUUUCUUUUUUUAAGGGGACCAUUAAGUGUUUUCUCCCCCACCCAUUGAUCUGGAGUCGUCCCCCCCCCAUCUUGGGCUCAUAUCGGAGGCUUUUAAGGGGAACAAAACCUCUUCCUAUAUAUAUUAUUGUACUUCUUGGUGCUUCUGUGCUUUUUCUCAUCUUGUGCUCAAGUAUCCGUGCCCCUUUAUAUGUUAAACUCCUUGACACAUUAGUUUUCCUUUCUCCCCACCCCACCGGAUUUUUCUACUGAUAUAUAUGUGUGUGUGCAUGCUCUUAGUUCUUUUUUAUGUUCUAAUUGUUUACGAUUUUAAUUAAUCUCCCCUCCCCUUGCAUAUCCCUCUCCUCACUCACAUUUUCAGCAGCUGCAUUCUUUGGCUCCCCCCCAGUUCUUUAGGACUCAUUUACUAAUUUUCCCUCUUUCCUCCAUGAGCUUCUCUGUGCACAUUCUCUUGCUCCUUCCCUUGCCACCACAUUUUCUGCUGCAUUCUUUAUUCCAACUCCCUCCAGUUCUUUAGGAUGUUUAACUAACUGCCUGCUAUGAGAUUCUCUGUACACUCUACUUUCUUCUCUCCCCUCAACUCUUUUUGCAUUUUUCAUCUCUUCCCCUACCCCGUAUUUAAUUGGGAAUCUUAAAUUAUUUUUCUCUCCUCACUCCCACAAUGGAAAAUAGGAUUUUCUGCAUACUUUUCAUUCACUUCAAUCUCCUCUACAUCUUGUGUUUUUGAGCUGCUUAUUUUUCUCCCUCAAUACUUCUUCUGCUUUGGGACUCCUUAACUAAUCCUUACCAUGUCCUCUCUACCCCCUCUAAAGAUCUCGACACCUUUUACUCCCCAUGCUCCUAGUAGUUUUUGGUCUGCAUUAUUUCUCUUGUCCCAAGAUACUUUUGCUACCUUUUAUUAUUAAAAAUAAGUGCUGGCUCCCUCCCCCUUGCCCCAUUUAUUUUGCUUUUAUGUUUUCUUUGGUGCUUUAUUUGAAUUUAUCCCUCCUUUUAUUCCCAUCAUCCGCACUUUCCCUUUAGUCUUUUAAGGUGCAAUAGGGCCUUGUGUGUGUAUGUGUGUGUUCUGAAACUAACGGCUACUCUGGAAUUUCUUACUUUGUAAGUUGCUGCUACUUUGGCCGCCCUUAUCCCCAGCAUGUUACCUUUAACUGUUCCCUCUCUUUUUUUAACCAUGUUUUAGUGGUGCCACUUUUACUGAUUUUUCAUUAUUUUUCUGUCCUGCAAAUCAUUGAUCUUUUGCCCCUCCUUACUUUGGCUUGUGGAAUUCUGUAUUCCUCCCCUUCUAUGCCCUCCUCUGUUGUUUUCCAGUUUUGAACUGAGCUACUAAUUCUUGUUCCCUAAACAAUUAUGCUCUUCCACCUUUUGCAACUUUGUCCUCCCAUUUUUACUACUUUUUUUUGCCCUCAUAUUUUUCUAUCUGCUGUGCCUCCUAGUUCCUUCUCCGUCUUUCUGUUCCCUCUACCUUUUUUCUUUGUUUUCCCCCUCAGUUUUUACCAUGUACUUUUAAAGCAUAUUUUUUCUUUAAAGAUUUAUCACUUUCUCCAGUUUCUCCUGUUUCCUCUCCCUUUUUUCUAAAGAUGUGUAUUCACAUGUUUCAUUUCCUCUUAGCCCAUUCUUCAAAAAAUUGUCACUUUCUCUACCCUUUUGUUCUGCUCUCCUACUUUAAAUUACUAUUCUCUUAUCCCUUCUCCCUUAUUCUAUGUCCUCUCUGUUACUCUGUCACAUAAAGCCCUUCUACUUACCCCCUGGGUUUUUACUAUUCUUCUGUUAGGAAAGUAGUCCACUGUCUCCUGAAAAUUAUUUGUAAGUGGUUCUUUGGACAAGUCUUAAGGACAAAUUAUAUUUUAAUUUCCACGCCUAACCCUCUUUAUUGGGAUAUAGGUCAGGAAUCCCCUUACCUGCAUGUGGAAUCAAAUACUGGGCUUCUUUGAGGAGAGAGCAUGUUGAUAAUGCAGCUGGAAUUUGUUGACUUAAUAAGAAAAUGUUGGGACAAACCGUCUGGGGUGGGGGCAGGAUAUGUUCAGGUCCUAAUCAAUUUACUAGUCUGCAGUUUUGAUUUCAAAGAAUACUUGCCCAUGAUAUUUUUCAAGGGAUUGCUCUCUAAAACCAGGGCCUGAGUGAAUGAUGAACGUGUCUUCUGUUAAGCAGCUCUCCUUGCUUAAACCCCUUUGAAAAACAAAACUCCCAUUAACUGCUUUUUCUUAAAAAGAUGCCAGAAUAAUGUAGUCAAAAUGAUGCCAUAUAGCCUACAACUUGAGUCACUUAAAAGCAUUAAUAUUCUGUAAGGAAUGCAGCAUGCCAAGCUACUUCCUCCUUAAAUCUACAAUCCAAGUGAGAACCUAGAUUACAAACCAUUCCCCUUUUUUAGCUUGGAAAAAGUAAACUAAUUACAAUACCUCUUCUCCCCCUCUUUCUUGAAGGUAAAAUAAUCCUCUCUGCAAAUUACAAGUCUGCGUCAUUUUCCCACUGAGUCUUCUGUUCUCUUUAAAAUACAAAGCAUGACUCCAGUUUGAAAACAUGAAGCGAAGGAAUAAAUCUGAGGCAAAUGCACUGCAGUCUUUCUCUUCUAAAGGAAAAUAGUCGCCCAAGUACAAAGAUGAGUCAUUCGCUUAGGUGCCCAGUCUUUGGAUGCAGGCUUAAAAAAUCCUCUUGAAAACAGAAUCUGUUUGAGCUUAUGAUAACUAAGAGCUCUUGUGUGACUUUUAUCUUUGAAUACAAGGAAUGAAAUGUUUUACCAUAGGCAGAUUCUAGCAGUGAUACAUCUGCAGUCCAAUGAUGGGUUUGAUUAUUUUCCCUGUUUAGAGAUUUGAACAUUGUUAAUCUCCUUAGUGAAUCAUAGGUUAUAAGAUACAUUUUUUCUUCUCUUUACCAACCUCUACUCCCUUGGCUUCUUUCCAUAAUAACCACUUGAAGGAAUGAUUAUUGUGAAAAUAUAUGUUAGGACCUUAAUGGCUGUCUCACAGUUAUAUUUGUACUUCACUUGGCUUUUACUGCUUAGCUAAAUAAUUUGGUACAGUAUUUCAGAGUUGGGGUAAAAAUUAAUCUUAUGAGGAGGUCAACUUCAUAAAAAUAUGCUAAUGUCAAUUAGUGUGCAUGAUGGAUUUCCCCCCACUUUUUAAAGGUUUUUGAUCUUGUUCAUGUGUUGAAAAUGCCCUGCUCUGAAGCAGGGUGGAGGUUUUAAGCCUGAGUAACUUUUGCCUGCACACCGGUGUCUGAGCUUAUGUAUAUGUUAAAGCAGAUUUUAUAGCUGCCUAGGAAGUACACGUUGCAUGUUUAAUAUUGGGGGAAAGAUAACCCAUCUAAUAAUGCAACCAAGGUAUGACUCACUUAUGAUAAUUGGUUGCUCUGACAUCAAGGCUUCAGUGCAAAAAAACUUUGCUUCUGGCAAUGAAAGUUCACAAUGCCAAAUCCUUCCACCCUGGGUCAUGAAACUGUUUUGUUUUCUAUCACAGAAAUCACAGUAAUAGAAAGAAAAUCACGACCUGUUGAUUUGAAUCCCAGGCUUAAUAAAAACUACACUGCAAGUGAAUGAAAAUGACUUAACAAAAGAUAGUUAAAUGCUCAUGCCCUCAUUUACCAUUUAGCCCCUGAUCCUUUUUUAGAAGGCCUUAAUGCAAGAGAUCAGUAGGAAUCACAGAAACCAUUGCUUUUGGCAGAAAAGGGACAUUGAUUUAGCAGUUUCAGCAAACUCUUAGCAAGGUGAGGUACCCAGGUCUUAAAGUACAUAUCCUUGUUCAAAUUACUUUUAUAGCAGAAAGCUUUAUGAGUAUAUAGAGUUCAGCCAUCUUGACAGUCACGUAGGUUUUGUGUUAAAAGAAUGAACCUAGCCUCCCUCAGACUUUCAUGUUCCCCCUUGCUUGGUGGGGCUGCAAGGAAGAGUUUGGAAGCUUCCACUUCAAUUUCAGAUAAACCACAGUUUAGUCUUAUUAUCUGAACCCUAAAUCUUACUGGUGAUUAGUGAAAGCAUGGCAGCCUCUUUUAACUAUGGUUUGAAAUUAGAUUGUUUCUAUUAACCAUAGUAAAAUAAUUCAGUUUUUCAAGAUGUAGAUAAAAUGGCAAGUUGCUGGUAAUAAAAGAGGGCCUAAAUGUCUUCUCAUGGUUGCAUGGGUUGGGGAGAAGAGUGUGCAAGUCCAGAGAGAAGCUAAGCUUGUUCUAAUGAUGCUAAACCAUAGUUUCUUGCUGGGUCCACACAAACCCAAAAGCUUUAAAAGGCUCUUAUUCAAGUGUGGUUUCUUGAAUCUUGUCUGAAGGAUUUGUGUUCCAUUUUGAACUGAUAUGUUUGUGCCUUGAUAAUGUGAUUCAGGUUAGGUGCCUUGGGCCAAAUCUUUCCCUUCCAUUAUUUUUUAUUGGUGCCUCAAGUUACCAACAGAGGUAAAGGGAAGGGCAUGGAAGCAGAUGUAGGAGCUGUGCUAAUGACUAACAGGCUACUUUGAUAGAGGUGGCUAUGGCCCUGGCCCCCUGCUGAGAACUGCUUCCAGGCUGCCAUCGUAGAUAAUGUGUGCAGUGUAUUAAAAUAUGUAAAAACUUUGUAUGAAGAUAAUUGGGCUCCGAAUGCUUACUGUCUUCAGUUUUUUUGUGUAGAGCCUACAGGAAAAUAUACAUACAGUAAAAAGAGUUAAAGCUUGUCUGAGUUGGGUUUCCAGUGGUUGCAUCCUUGGCUGCAAUUGUUUUACAGGGUCACUAUGAUACUUUAGUUGAAAUCUUGAUGAAAAGUGGAACCUUGUGUUGGGUUCACGCUCUGGUCAUCCAGCCUCCAAUCCCUGCUAUAUUAAAGAUGCCUGUGAGCUAUUCUAACAGGCUCAAGAGCCUUUCUGGGGCAAAAAAGGUUCUGUGCAAUUCAUACAAAAUUGGGCACUCACAUUACCUAUCCUUGGAAAGUACCUCCCCCCCCCCCCAAAGAACAACACAGUGCCAUUUAUCUUCAGUGAGCAAUCAUUUCAAAGGUGGCGGUUGGAAAAAGGUUGCAGCCAUUUUUGGUCUCAAUAAACUCAGAUGCUGCAUCUGACAGACGUACUUGCACAGGCUUUUUUCUUUCUUGCUUUUGGAGGGAUGUGCUACUGAUCGUGAAUUAGUAAUUAGUGACUUGCAUGUGCUGCUUUAUGCUUUGCUGAUUUUAUUGUAUUGUUGUGGGUGGCUUUUAUUGAAUUUUGGGGUUGUAAUAUUUUAAUUUGGUUUUUAAUUCUAUGUCGGCUACAGAAGUACAUUUACUAGGUAAAUAAGUGAAAUAAAUAAAUGUUAAAAACAAACCUGACAGCAACAGCUAACUUCAUAAUAAUGGGAGGCUGGACUCUCCUAAGCCCAUCUUUUCAGCUUGGAAUAUAGUGGAGGACUCUGUAAGGACAGAAAUGUCUCCUCUUCGAGGCUUGCUGAAAGUGGCCAGAGGUGCUAAUUUCUAAGCCAUGUGCAGAUGGAGUAGAGAAUGGCAGAAAGGUGGGCAGAGAUGCUGAAAUAUUUGGGAACUUCUCUUGUCACUUCCUGCACUCUGUGCCUGGUGGGAUACUUGUAAUGGCUUGUGGACCUGAUGCAAAACCAUGUUGUGGAUGACCCCCUGGCUGUUCCUUGUAUAUGAGGUGGGUUAGCUGGUUUAAGUCAGACUAUCUCAAGUGAAAAUAUAUGGUUGAAAUUGUGUGACUCAUGAGAGGGUUUAGACUUUGUUUUCCUCUGAAAUAAGCUAUCCAGGUGUUUCAGAACCAGCCUAUGCUAUCCAGAGAGCCCAGUUCUCACAAGGCUCGUGCAGGCCUCUAGUGUGAGCAUAACAUGGCCUGGAUUUACUCACUCAGCAUGCCUUGCAAGUCUCCUUAAACUAUUUCUAGUAGCAAAAGUUUGUGAAAGGCUUUGUUUUUCACUUUAGUACUUGAUGGAGUGCCUCUAGACAUGAACUGCAGAGGGAACUGCAGAGGUUCUUUCAAAACAUGGUUGUUUAACUCAGCUUCAGUAAGAACCAUUUCAACGCUGGAUUCUGAUUCAGACUAAAAAUGUAUGACUAAUUUUGCUUAAUCCCAACUAUCGAAAAGCAAAUGACAGUGCAGCUCAUACAGCGUGAAAGGAAACAAGCCUCAAUUUUUUUCUUACCUCUAUAGACAAAAUUUAAAUAAACUGUACUGGUAACAAUAAUUUGGCCAGUUGAAGAGAACCUAUAGGGUCUGAUUCCAGUAGGAGCAAGAGUACAGGCAAACUGUUCAUUCCUGGGAAAUGACAUAGUGUGUACAGUUGUCUUUCUCUGCAGUCAUUCAGGGUCAACUUGUACUCUGGCAAGUUUUAAGAAGUCUCUGCUUGAAUUCUCCCCAGUCCUAUACAGUGAGACCCAUUUAUGGUUUUAAAAUACUUUUCUUUACUUUGAAAACAAGCUUAGUACAACUUAGAUUUGUUAAGGUUGCCAAAUCUUACAUAGUACCCCUAGAUAACACUCGAAUAUGGCUGGAAUCCACACCCCAUGCCCCUUCUUAAGCAGAGUCAUGGAAUACUUGGGCAACUGUACAUGGGAUCUCUUUUGUCUUCAUGCUGGGCAAGUGAGGUUCAAAACUGGGAUACAGCUAGCACCUAUUCUCACGUCUCCCUUGGUUUAUUAUUCUGUCUGAUACAGAGCACUGUCAAAAGCUCUCAUUAAAUUCCGAGAAACAGGGCCACGCAUACACUCCUUAAGCACAGGUUAGCAUGUGUUUGAAAAGUUGCUCAUCUGAGAAUAUUUCUCUUGUGAGCUCUUUUUAACAUUGCAAAGUGAGAAAUCCAACCAAAUGUCAUGUCCUCUCCUACCUUUGCUCCCUCUAUAGAAGUGUCAUUCAGCUAGAACUAUUCCCUUUGUCCUUGAGCCCAGCUUGUUUGUGCUCUCCAUGGCAUCCAGGUGAUAUGGCUUGCAGGCCAUAGACCCAUUAUGGAUUUAGAAGUGAAGCCUCUUGGGUUGUCACCAGAUCCUCGAUAUUUGCCGAUCUAAAAUCUGUUCCCCAAGGAGCUGCUGACAGAAUAAGAAGUACAUCUCUUAUUUUCACCUGUCUUCAGCCUGGAAUGCCUUAGUCAUUGUGUUACUAAAUAUAUACAUGUCAGAAGGUGUGAGUUCCCCGUACAUGCUCCUUGUGUUUAGUUCCAGCAUGGACAAGUUAUUACAAGUACAACUGACUUGGUUGUACUGUCUGUCUGGCGGGCUCAUGGUUGGCUUUCAGAAGCAGCCUUCCUGUCAGUGGACUGGUGUCGACAGUUGUGUUAUCCUCCAUGUAAUGUAUCCACAAUCUAAUAGAGCAGACUGGGCAUUAUAAUUGUAUUUGUAACUUGUAGUUAACCAAAUAGGCUGCCAUUAAGAUAGGGAUCAUGUAAUAUGUUGAGCAGCAUGGCAUACACCCAGUCAUUAGCUGCAAGAAUUGCUCCCCUCAGGAAUUAAAAAAAUGGUUUGCUGAAACGUGCACCUUACUAUAUCCGCCUGACGAACGCCUGUAUUUAGAAAGCAAGUGGCUUAUCUUCCUUUUGGGGAAAUUACUGUGGGUGGGAUUAUAUAACUCUAAUGUCCAUUUACCUCAGUUCUUAUGUUGGGGAUUUGCUCUUGUGUUUAUAGUGGGAAAGAAUAGCAUAGUAAAAAGGUGGAAACUUCAGUGGUUUUGCAGGUGACAUUGCUAUUUAAGUUUGCCAGCAAUUUACUUUAAGAACACACUCCUGGUGGUUCAACAAUGGCAACAACAAAAUAUUUGCUCCCCCCCAUUAUAUGGCUGAAAUGAAGAAAGCUAGGAGUAGGGGAGGGGAUCUUUUUGUGGAAGGACUGAAAGUUCUGUCAGUUGUACUGUAUUAAAAACAAGUUAUUGGGUUUAGAGUGUUUUAAUUCUAAGUGUGUCUUUUGUUCUGGUUGAGGAUUUGGGGUUUUACUAAAAAAAAGAAAAAGGAGAUCCUGCAUGUCUUAAGUCUGCCUACCUAUAUUCUAGGAGUAUGCUUGGUUCAAGCAGGUUUAGUGAUGAAGUCGAAUAGUGAAUACUUUGGGUUAUAGACUCUGCUAACCCAGAAGUAGUACCUCGGGUUAAGAACUUUACCUCAGAGUGAGAACAGAAAUUGUGCAGUGGCUGCACAACCGCAGUGGGAGGCCCCAUUAGCUAAAGUGGUAUCUCAGGUUAAGAUUGGUUUCAGGUUAAAAACGGACCUCCAGAACGAAUUAAGUACGUAACCAGAGGUACCACUGGAGUGAUAAUAAACGUAAGGCGUAACCUCAUGGUCUAAGUAUUUGUUCCUCCAGCCCAGUGCAGUCUGCUCUAACGGGCAGCUGCUCUCCAGAAAUUCAGGCAGACAUCUUUCCCAUCACUAGUUGCCUGAGAUCUUACUUGGCAAUGCUAGAAACUGAACUAGAUACCCUCUGCAAUGCAAAGCUUGUGGUCUGCAACUCUCUUUCUCUUUUCUGGGAUCCUUGGAAAUUUCCCUGGAAUCUUCUGCAACCCAUAGCCAUUCCUUAGCACUUCAGUCAAAAUGGGAAAAGUCCACUGAAGAGAAAAAGUUUGAACACCCUGUUGUUGUUGUUGUUUGUUUGUUUGUUUGUUUGUUUGUUUGUUUGUUUGUUAUAUCACUUUUCAUCACAAAAGAGUAACCCAAAGCAAAUUACAAAAACUGUGGCAGUCUGAAUGGGCAGCCUACAUGAGACUCUCUGGGUCAGACCAAUUAUAUGCAAAUCUGUUCUCCUAAUCUCAGUGGAACUUAUUUUCAGUAAGUAUUUGAGAACAGUGACCUAAAAAAAAUGUUUUAGCUGCAAUUUUCAAUCCUUACUGCCUAUUUUCUAUUAUUUAGGAUGACUUGCUCUUUAAAAAAAGUUCAAUUCAUCAGCAUUCAGUCUGCAUAAAUAUACUUUCCAAUAAUCAGCAAUAAGAGAAACUAUUUUAUUAAUAUUUUGAAACAGUUCAAGACGUGUCACACAAUAAAAUGGGUUCUGUAGUGAAUUUUACUACUGCUGAGUUGCAUUGAGCUUGCCUUCUGCUUUAACUUUAUUUCUAGCCUGAAGGAUACUGCAAGUCCUAACUGCUGUAGUCAAUGCAUUGGUAACCUCGAUGCUGGAUAACUGUAACACACACUGUGUAGGGGCUGCCCUUGGGCCUGGUUCAGAAGCUUCAGCUGGUGCAGAAUGCUAUGACUACAUUGCUGAUGGAGGCAUCUGGCUGACAGCAUGUGAUACCAAUGUUAAAGUAUAUUCACAGGCUUCCCAUCUACAGCCAAACCAGGUUCAAUGUCUUUGUAUUGAUUUACAAAGUUCUGAACAACUUAGGUCCAGGCUACUUUAGGGAUCACCUGAACCCUUAUAUCCCAGCUCAGUCACUUCAGUCAUCUGCUGGAGUGUGAUAGAACCAUAGAAUUGUAGAGUUGGAAGGGACCCCAAGGGUCAUUCGUGCAACUGCCUGCAAUGCAGGAAUUUCAACUACAGCAUCCAUGACAGAUGGCCAUCCAACCUCUGCUUAAAAACGUCCAAUGAAGGAGAGUCCACAACCUCCUGAGGGAGUCUGUUCCACUGUAAAACAGCUCUUACUGUCAGAAAGAUGCUCCUGAUGUGUCACCAACUGUGUUGGUGAGGUUCAUUUGACAAGAAACAAAGCCUUUAGUGGCACCAGCCCAGUAUUCUGGAAUGCUCUGCCAAAAGAGAUUCAGCAGGCUCCUUCAGUUUCAAACUUUAAAUGCCUGCUGAAAACUUUCCUAUUCCAUCAGACUUAUGUAGGCAGUUACGAAUACAUCUUUCCACAAUAGUUAGCUAAUCUUGAUUUUAACUUUUUGUAUGCUUUUUAUUGUAUUGUUUUACAUGCAAUUGUUUUAAACAGCUCUGAUAUACUUUUAUGAAUAAAGUAGAAUAUACCUGUGCAAUCAGUAUUACUUUCCUUUCUCUUGGAUAAGUUUGUCCCUUCAGGUGCUAGAUGGACCAAUACCCCACUUUCCAAGUAAGAUUGGCUCCUACAAUUAAAAUCCAUACAAAAUCCACCCCCAGUUGAUAACGUACAAAAAUGUGGCUUUGGGCUGAGUAAGUACAGAGGACAGUUGUAUUAAGUAACAGGUGAGGCGGACCAAACAUUACUUGUUAUUCCUGGCCUGUUAGCCAGUUGAGGAUCAACAUUCUGAUCCCAUUGGUGGCCGUGUGGGUGGCUUUCUUAAUGGAGCAUGGAUUAGGAUUUUGAUGUCUUGGGAGGUGUAUUGGAAGACUUUGGAAUUUUGACAUUCCCAGCACUUUCGGCAAAUGAAUUAGUCUGAAAUAUGAGAUGAAAGCACACUACAUUAUAGUUAUACUUUGGAUCUUGAAGACCUUGGCUCCCGAACGAUUGAAACCCGGAAGUGAGCGUUCCGGUUUUUGAACGAUUUUCAGAAGCCGGAUGUCCAGCGUGGCUUCUGGUUGGCUGCAGGAGCUUCCUUCAGCCAAUCGGAAGCCACACUUUGGUUUCCAAAUGUUUUGGAAAUUGAAUAGACUUCUGGAACGGAUUCUGUUCGACUUCCAAGGUAUGACUGUAUAUAGUAUACAGCCCUCCUGGCCUUCCUCUCAGCUGCAGAGCACAAGGGAGUUAGUCAGAAGUGCAGACCUGACUAGCUGUUUCUGUAGGCUCUCCUGCUCUAUACAUGUUCUGUGGUGGUUCAUACUCUUAGCUUUCCCUCAAACCCGGAAGUUUGAUACUGGUUGCUAUUUAAAAUGCAUACAGUAAACAAAAGCAAAUGCCUAAACCAGUACUUAAACUGCACUCUUCCAUUUAUUAGCCUGAGGGUGGGGAACCUCUGGCCCAUCUAUAGGCAAUUUUGACCAAGCCACACCUACUUGUCAGUCACCUGUUUUGGUAUUAAAAGCUCUAUCAGCUGAUCAGCCGAGCUUCAAAGUACUGCACAGCACUUUGAAAUCCUGAUUAUCAGUAGAUAUCUGUGCAUCACGGCACUGCAAUGUCAUUUGCAAUGUCAGAUGAUUGAUAGAUGAGCAGCCCCCACAUGUCAAAUUCAGCCCAGGGGGGUGGGUUGGGGAGCUAAGGAUCCAGUUACCCACUCCAGCACUAGCUAUAGCAAGUUUCCAGUACUUCAUAUCAGUAUAAAGAAGAUUUUAUGAACUGCUUUCACCUGCUUCCUAAAAAUAGAAAUUGACGAGUUUAGGUGGAUCUCCUGGAGGAGGUAAUUCUAUAAAAGGUGUGCCACAAACUGCUGGCUGGCUGUACAUGAGAACAAGAUUCAUUUGUUAAGACAGGUUUCUUGCUUACAGUGUCAAAAAUUUGAAAGCACAUUGACUGACUGAUGACUUGAAAAUGAAACAACUUUAGUCACGCCUGUGGUAAAACUUGGAUGUCUUGCAGAGUUGCUUGUCCCUUCUGUUUGCUCAGUCUGUAUAACUUGCAUUCAAUUCUUGUGUCAGGCUUCCUAACUCUUGCUAAUGUGUGUGGGGCAGGAGGGGAGAGGAAAUUAAAAACCUGAAUUUUGGUGGUGGUAGUAUAAAUUAGCAAGGUAAGAUAUGUACAGAUUUGCUUUCAGUGUUCUCUGUGUGCAGCUUGAAUCCUUUUGUUGCCUUGUAUGUGCACAGUCCUACACAUUAAGUGCCAUUUGAACAUUAGGAGCUGGGCCCCCUCAAAUCUGUUCCAGUGAAGGGCAGCUCUUUCCUUUCAAAUUAAACCCUACCAGAUUAGGUAAUGCGUGGAAUUUACCAUCUCAACAGGUUUCUGAGCAGUCUUCCCUUAUCAAAGCUAAGUAGUGCGUUUGUAAGUUACAAAUGAAUAUUUCUGUUUUUAGGCACACGAAGCAUCACAUCACCAACAGCAGGCAGCACAGAACAGUUUGCUGCCACUCCUGAGCUCUGCUGUUGAGCCCCCCGACCAGAAACCAAUUUUACCAUUACCAAUAACACAGAAACCUCAGCCCCCACCGGAAACGCUAAAAGAUACCAUAGUCGGGAUUAAAAAGGAGAAACCGAAAACCUCCUUUGUGUGCACAUACUGCAGCAAGGCCUUCAGGGACAGCUACCAUUUGAGGCGCCAUGAAUCCUGCCACACAGGGAUAAAGUUAGUGUCACGGCCAAAGAAAGCUCCUGCAACGAUGGUGCCCCUAAUCUCGACCAUCGCAGGUGACAACAACCGGUCAACGCUGGUUUCGACCAUCGCAGGUAUCCUCUCAACUGUCACUACGUCUUCCUCCGCCACCAACCCAAGCAGCAGUGCUGGUGCCACGGCCAUGCCGGUGACGCAGACGGCGAAGAAGCCCAGUAAGCCUGUCAAAAAGAACCACGCCUGUGAGAUGUGUGGCAAGGCCUUCCGUGACGUCUACCACCUCAACAGGCACAAGCUGUCCCACUCAGAUGAGAAGCCUUUUGAGUGCCCAAUUUGCAAUCAGCGUUUCAAAAGGAAGGACCGCAUGACCUAUCACGUGAGGUCUCAUGAGGGUGGCAUCACCAAACCCUACACCUGUGGUGUUUGUGGAAAAGGCUUUUCGAGGUACCAUGUAGAAAAUCCCAGGCGAGCUCAAGUAUUGGAUUUUCAUUCCGUGUUCGCGCGGGGGGUGGGGGUGGGAAGGGGCCGUAAGGAAAGUGAGUGUGGGAGGCGGGGUGGGGUGGGGGAGGGGACAGUAACCCUUCUUGGGUCUUAAAAUCUGAAUCUGAAGGCAAUUUUGCAAGUGAUAGGACAUGCUGCCUGUGAAUUUAAAACAAAAAUUAUUUAUGUUGGUCUGCAUUGGACCUUGCAUGAGCAGGCCAUGGAUGGAGAUCUUAAAACAACUCAUUUUAUACAGACCAGGAAGAGUACCAAUCUAGCAAUAUUGGGGAAGCAGAGAUUCUGUUCUAUUUGGAUGAUCUCCAGUUCUAAUAGCUAGUAGAUCUUUCUCUUAAAAAGAGAAUUAUACCAAUGGGGUAUACCCCAUUUAUACCAUUGCGGGGGGGGGGGUUAUUUUUUUUCUAGGCAGACCUGCAAAUAAUCACAGGCAAGCCGUGUGACCUCUUUGAGGAAUGCACUUAGAAUGCUGCUUAUAGGGAAGUAUGGAUUUGAAAGAUUUGGGUGGUUGGUUAAUCGUUUAUUGUGGAGGAUGUUGGGUUUUAUAAAUGACCUACACUGUGUUAUGUGUAACAAUGUGUUCUCUUUGUGUCUCUACUUUUUUCUUUCUUAUACAGGCCUGAUCACUUAAGUUGUCAUGUUAAACACGUUCAUUCCACAGAGAGGCCCUUCAAAUGCCAAGUAAGGGGUUUGGUGAUCUACAGUGCUAAAUUUAUUUGCUGUCUGCUAAACUGCUUCACACAAGAGUCUGGAUUUGGAUGUCAUAGGGGCUCUUUGAAUUGGAAAUAAUGGGGCGUUGAGAACCAGAUCGGGUCGCAUUAUGGAUCCUUGGAAUCUCACCUUUAGGUUGCAUCAGUAGGGCUUCACCUUGCUUUAGAGCACUCUUUCAGCUUAUCUCCAUGAGGCGACUUUGGCUAAGUGCUGAAAUGGCCCAGAAGUCUUUUUGCAGCGUAGGUGAAAAAGCACAAGGGAGAGAGAAGCUCCCGCUUCUGGUAGCAGCUUCCUUGAUCUCGGGCUGACUUUGGUAGCCAGCCCAAAGUGGUUGGGUCAUGUCUGUGCCAUUAUGCUAAGCUUGGCAUGUCACAGAAGAGCACUGUAAGUUCAAGGUGAAUCUCUUCCCCUUUCCCAGCUUCAGAGCAUGAACUUAAUAAACUCACCAAAGCAGGGACACUUAACUGUCAUAAGAGAAAGUGAAAGAACCAUAGCUCAGUAGUGAAGCAUCUUCCUUAAAUUCAGAAAUUCCCAAAUUCAAUCUCUGGCAUUUCCAGGUAUGACAGAGGAAUCAAUGCUCUCUCUUAGUAGAAGGCAGCUUCCCAUGUUCCUAAUCUGUGGACCAUUGUUAGGUGUGUUAGGUCCAUAGACUGUCUGCACGGGCCCCAACCAUUCCAGUGUCUAUACGAGGUGUAUAUGGGUGUGAGCGCAUUUUAAUACUGUCAUUGUAAGCUGCUUAGAUAACUUUUGUUCUUCAACAUGAAUGCAUGUACAUGAAUGCAUUUAAUGAGUGAAUAAAAUGUGUAGCUAUGUUUACUUGGCUGAAUGUACAUGCCCCAAAUGUUCUUGAUAGAAGCAUGAAUGUAUUUUUGUCUCUGUAUUUGAGCAGGACUGUACACGUGGAUUACCUGAGUGUCUUGUUUUGCUGUCUUAAACAUGUUAACUUCACUGUUUCCUCCAGUGGAAUGGAAAAUGUCCUCCAUCCUGAGACCAUAUCUAGUCUUAGUUCAGUAAACACAUUCUAAGGCAUUUUCAGCAAAUAUUGCCAGUUCUAGCCCCAGUAUUGAAAACAAUUUCUUGUGACAAAAGUUAGCUAGGAACCAAAGUCAGACUUGCAAAUAUCUGUUUGCAAAUAGGAAUCUCCUUCAGCUGACUGCAUGAUUAAGCUUUUGUAAACUGAAGGAAUAGUUGUGUUCUUUUUCCCCACUUACAACUUGUUACUGUGCCAUAAAUGACAACCUGCAUGCAUAUGUAGGCAGACUAGCAAUUCUUUUUGUAUUGGCUAAUAACUUGUCAACUAGUUUACAAGGUUGAGCUUAAAGGCAAGCAAAAUGGCUAAGUUGAUUGAACAGUUGGCUGUUCUUCUAUCUUGCUUCAUCUGUGCAAGACUGAGCUUGUUCUCCAUGACUCAGCUAUGGCCAGCUAGUGCUUUGAAUUAAAAGGAAUGUCUCUUCAUGCUUUGUGCUUAGUUUUUGUCUUGAUUUUUAUUUAACUAAAUGUAGCUGAACAGUGGAAAAAUCAUAAGCAGGAGUGUUGGCAGAAAACAAUACAAGAGACCACCUGUGUGUGUAUUCCUAGCAUUUAUAAGCCCCAUGGCAGUUUGGUAUGCGAGACUGUCUUGCUAUCAAAACACAAAAGUCCCACUUUUGUCCUCUUUAAGUAUUACUCAGCUCUAUGACAUGAGUAUGCUGUUCAGUGUUUGGAUAAUGGGUACAUCAGUUAAGAGACGGUUGGAACCAUAGUUGGUAUCCAGUUCAUAGAAUCCCAGAAUGUAUUUAGAUUGGUCUUUUAUCGGCUGCAUCUUCAUACUGCCUUCAUACUAACCAGCUGCAAAAGCGUACUUCGGUGGCUAAGCAUGUUAGGCCUGGUAGAUGUGCUAAACUCCCAAACCACUUCAUGGUUCACAUAGUUGAGUGGCAUUAUACGCACACAGAUUCUUUCCAGAAAGAAGGAGAGGAAGGAUUCUAGCCUAUAUUGCAAAUAAUUCGUGUGCAGGAGGAUUCAGUCAUGAUACUCUCCCCUGCUGUCUUCCCACUCUGGGCAGUCUAAAGUUGUACAGUCCAGAUACAGGUUUACAGUUUUACUUGUGUUUUAACAAAUUAAGUGCUGCAUCCCGUUUACACAUACUGUGAUCGAUAUGACUACUGGGGUGGGGUGGGGAGCAGCCAUACUGGUUGGGCUACAAAUGAAAGGGGUCUUCCUUCACUGUGUAUACUUACGGGGAGGAAUACUGCUAUGCUUUAAUUGCACAUCAGAAGGGUUUGAACUAAAUCUCAAAUUUUAGUUCCUCCUUUGUGGGGUGUAAGGACUGAUGGUGUAUUAAUAAUAAGAAUAUACCUAAAAUUAGCAUUCAUUGGUGUAAGGGUACCUGCCCAAACCUUCUGUUUCCCUCCAUGUAGACUUGCACGGCUGCCUUUGCCACCAAAGACAGGCUGCGGACACACAUGGUGCGCCAUGAAGGAAAGGUGUCAUGUAACAUCUGUGGUAAACUUCUGAGCGCGGCGUAUAUUACCAGCCACUUAAAGACUCAUGGGCAAAGCCAAAGUAUCAACUGUAAUACCUGUAAACAAGGCAUCAAUAAAAGUAAGUGGACACCCCCUUUUUUCAAAACAGUCUUUCAACGUACUCUUUAGCAUCAGCUAUAUGUAGUGUAUGUGUGGCAUGUUUAAAAUAUAAAAUACAUGCUGUAGCUCAGGCAUAGGCAGACUCGGCCCUCCAGAUGUUUUGGGACUACAACUCCUAUUGUCCCUAGCUAACAGGACCAGUGGUGAGGGGAUGAUGGGAGUUGUAGUCCCAAAACAUCUGGAGGGCCGAGUUUGCCUAUGCCUGCUGUAGCUUAUGUGAGAAAUGGCGGGGAAUUGUAGUCAAACAAAUGGUACUUGCAAGGAAAGGAAUUUCUGUAUUACACUGGAGUUUGCACCAAUUUUUCUUUCCUUACCUCAGUCGAUCUCAAACGUUGCCAGGCCUUACCCAAAGCUCUUUGAAGUUGGUGGAAAGCAUCCCAUUGAUUUUAGCAGGCCCUGAAUUGUCGCUUCAAAGUUCUUGGCAUGCUAGACCUGAUGACUAAACAAGUUUUUUUAAACAAAGUAUUCAUCCUGAUGGAGUUUUUAGGGCACUGAAGAUAAAUCUUGGUUGUUGCAGCUGAAAUGCCCAGUCAUGUUUAGCAGUGCAGAUAAUGAAGACAUUUCCUCCUCUAAAACAGCUACAUGAGAAUGGAAUUUUCAGUGGAUCGUAAAGGAGUUAGGGGUCCAGCAGCUCACUUCAGUUCAUCUUUUGAAGGAUUUUCAUAAAACAACAAAUGUUUUCAUUUUUUCCCUUCUGUUGUCUGUGAAAAAGCUUGAAGGCACGUAAUAGCUAUGGGUAAAGCAAGAUAAGAAAUUUAUAGGAUCGAAUUGUUCAUCACAUAAUAGGUUUUGAUUGUCAGAAUUUGCUAAUCCAAACAUAGGUUUAUAAAUAACAAUUUGUGGUGAGUAAGAAUGGACAGGAGUUGUCACUUACAAGAUUUGGCCUAUACAUGCAGUAGAAUGAGAAGGUAGAGAUCUGAAGUGGUACAGUAGGCUGUGUCACAUCAUUGAGUGGCAUUUUUGAAUGCUAGUUAAAAAUAAAUAACACUUCAGACAGAAAACUGGCACAACAAGAAGCAGAUUGCAGUAGAUCCAUCUCCCUGAUAUUCUUUGGUAGAGGGGGUUAUUUGCAGAGAAAGUUUUACUAUCAGUACUAAAAGACCUCCCAUCUUCCACCUGUUGUCUAAAAGUAGUAAGUCCAGUCUACCAGCUCAGAAAUCUUUUGCCUCAUUCUAUUGCAUAUGUAGAUGAGACAGGACAAAUAAGAUGUGGGUUAGUAACUUUCAUAGGUUUAUGAGUAUGGCUGACUAAGAACUAAUAAACCUACAAAAUAAGUGAUAACCUACCAGAUUGAAGGAAAAUAAUUAUGUGUGUUGUUGCCCAGUCUCCUCAGAUACUAGAGGCAAGAGUCAGUCAUGGAUUAGCAGUCUGCAAGAAAGGUUUCUGUAUUGCCCUUCCUCAUAACUCCUGUUCUUCCCCAAUAACUUCAAAAGGGCCGCUUCAGAAUAUAUAUAUUUAUUUGUGAUACCAUUGCAACAAUCCAGUAAGGAUCGAUUCAGACUUAGCUAGUGGUCAGCUCCAUGGCUUGGCAGGGGGACUUGAAGCAAGUUUUCCCAUCUCCAAACUGUAGCCUGUACAGUGGUGCCCCGCAAGACGAACGCCUCGCAAGACGAAAAACCCGCUAGACGAAAGGGUUUUCCGUUUUGGAGGCGCUUCGCAAAACGAAUUUCCCUAUGGGCUUGCUUCGCAAGACGAAAGCCCAUAGGGAAAUCUCCGGUCCGCGAAGCCUGGGCGCGCUGAUCUCAGCGCGCGCAGGCUUCGGCAUGCCGGCAACUCUCCGCGAGCAGCGGCAGCGCUGCCGCUGCUCGCGGAGAGGUCCGCGGAGCCUGGGCGCGCUGAUCUCAGCGCGCCCAGGCUCCGGCAUGCCGGCAACUCUCCGCGAGCAGCGGCAGCGCUGCCGCUGCUCGCGGAGAGGUCCGCGAGCCUGGGCGCGCUGAUCUCAGCGCGCCCAGGCUUCGGCAUGCCGGCAACUCUCCGCGAGCAGCGGCAGCGCUGCCGCUGCUCGCGGAGAGGUCCGCGGAGCCUGGGCGCGCUGAUCUCAGCGCGCCCAGGCUUCGGCAUGCCGGCAACUCUCCGCGAGCAGCGGCAGCGCUGCCGCUGCUCGCGGAGAGAGUCCGCGAGCCUGGGCGCGCUGAUCUCAGCGCGCCCAGGCUUCGGCAUGCCGGCAACUCUCCGCGAGCAGCGGCAGCGCUGCCGCUGCUCGCGGAGAGGUCCGCGAAGCCUGGGCGCGCUGAUUUCAGCGCGCGCAGGCUUCGGCAUGCCGGCAACUCUCCGCGAGCAGCGGCAGCGCUGCCGCUGCUCGCGGAGAGGUCCGCGAGCCUGGGCGCGCUGAUCUCAGCGCGCCCAGGCUUCGGCAUGCCGGCAACUCUCCGCGAGCAGCGGCAGCGCUGCCGCUGCUCGCGGAGAGGUCCGCGGAGCCUGGGCGCGCUGAUCUCAGCGCGCCCAGGCUUCGGCAUGCCGGCAACUCUCCGCGAGCAGCGGCAGCGCUGCCGCUGCUCGCGGAGAGGUCCGCGAGCCUGGGCGCGCUGAUCUCAGCGCGCCCAGGCUUCGGCAUGCCGGCAACUCUCCGCGAGCAGCGGCAGCGCUGCCGCUGCUCGCGGAGAGGUCCGCGGAGCCUGGGCGCGCUGAUCUCAGCGCGCGCAGGCUUCGGCAUGCCGGCAACUCUCCGCGAGCAGCGGCAGCGCUGCCGCUGCUCGCGGAGAGGUCCGCGGAGCCUGGGCGCGCUGAUCUCAGCGCGCGCAGGCUUCGGCAUGCCGGCAACUCUCCGCGAGCAGCGGCAGCGCUGCCGCUGCUCGCGGAGAGGUCCGCGAGCCUGGGCGCGCUGAUCUCAGCGCGCCCAGGCUUCGGCAUGCCGGCAACUCUCCGCGAGCAGCGGCAGCGCUGCCGCUGCUCGCGGAGAGGUCCGCGGAGCCUGGGCGCGCUGAUCUCAGCGCGCGCAGGCUUCGGCAUGCCGGCAACUCUCCGCGAGCAGCGGCAGCGCUGCCGCUGCUCGCGGAGAGGUCCGCGAAGCCUGGGCGCGCUGAUCUCAGCGCGCGCAGGCUUCGGCAUGCCGGCAACUCUCCGCGAGCAGCGGCAGCGCUGCCGCUGCUCGCGGAGAGGUCCGCGGAGCCUGGGCGCGCUGAUCUCAGCGCGCCCAGGCUUCGGCAUGCCGGCAACUCUCCGCAAGCAGCGGCCGUGCUGCCGCUGCUUGCGGAGAGGUCCGCGAGCCUUGGCUGGACAGCUUUUGAAGGCAGGUGGGGGGACAAAGACUUUCGCCCCGCCAACCUUCAGAAGAGGUCCAGGACCUCUUCUGAAGGCUGGCGGGGGCAAAGUCUUUGUCCCCCUGCCUGCCUUCCCAGGGGCUUUAAAUUGCCCCGGACAGCGGAGAAGUCCUCCGCUGUCCCGGGGCAAUUUUAAAAUGCCGCCCGCCAGCAAUUUAAGAUCGCCCCGGACAGCGGAGAAGCUCUCCGCUGUCCCGGGUUUUUAAAAUGCUGGGGGUGGGAAGAAAAGCCCUUGUCCCCCCCAGCCUUCAGAAGAGGUCGGGGACAGACUGUCCCCGGACCUGGUCUGAAGUCGGCUUCCUAGGAACGCAUUAAUUGAUUUUCAAUGCAUUCCUAUGGGAAACCGUGCAUCGCAAGACGAAAAACUCGCAAGAAGAAAAAACUUGCGGAACGAAUUAAUUUCGUCUUGCGAGGCACCACUGUACUCACCACAUAGGCUCUGUUGCUUUCCCUCCUUUGCCUGUGUCUCCCCCAUUCUUUCACCUUCUCUGUUUGUCCACAUACCCCUUUCCACAUUGUGAGUGCAAAAGAAGUCUUUUGGUGGAGAUAAAUGGUGUCUUGUGUUAAAUUAUGCAAAGUUGCUUCACUCACAUUCCUCUUAAUUGCAGAAUUUGGGUUUUUCAAGCAAGAAAAUCUGCACCUCCCUGCUUGUGAGUAGCAAUUGUCUAAAAUUGAUAUUGUUAGUGUGUUAGGCUGGAAAUGCAUGAUGUAGUAACUGAUAACCUGCCUGUAUUAAGAUACUAAGUUUUUUGUUGAUAUGGACUGCUUUGCAUGUUAAACUAUGACUUAACACAAAUGAGCAACCACUGUACAAAUCAGAGCUGCGCCCCUCUUCUUUGCUGUGCUGGAAGGACACAAACCAAGUGUUGGCUUAAGUCUUAUGUGCACCCAGGGCCCUUGAUUGGUUCCUCUCCAAACAAGUCACAAGAAUAAUCCAAAGAAGAUAUUCCUCGUUCUUAUUUGUUUGGAGAGAAACAAGCCACAGUCACUGAUGUGCAUGUAACACUAAACUAGUGUUUAUAUUUGUUUUCUUCUGGCUUUGCAAAAGAGAGGAGGUGGGACAAGUGCAGUUUGAGCAGCAUGCACUAGCACACCUGUUUAUUCCUAGUAAGCCAUAGUUGCUUAACUCUUGCUUGCCAUUAUGAAUGAACCAGGCUACUGAGAGUUGUUGUAUCUAACUAAGGCCUACUCAGAGAGGACCCAUUGAAAUCGGUGCUCCUAAAUUAGCCAUGUCUAUUAACAUCAUUGGGUCUACUCUGAGUAGGACUAGCUUUGGAUACCACCCUGAGCCCUUGUACAAGCCAUGGUGGCAUAGGUUUCCAGUUUCCCCCAUAAAUGAUUGCAGCCAAUCUGUCCUGCAGUGCAGUCUGUCAAUGUAGCUAGGCCACCUUCCAUCCAUCUGCUUUAUCCACAACUGUGGUCACUGUAGAAGGAACAGCUGCGCACACUUGGCCACUCUGUGCACACUUUAGUCAGAAGUGGUCGUUUUGACACAACUACAUUAUGGAACUCCCUGUUGGCAGAGACGGUAUCCCUGCAGUUGCUGCAUGUUCGGAAAGCAGCUGGGUCUCUUCCAGUGGGAAGGUCUGUUAAAACUCAUUUGUUCUUGCUCUUAAUCACAAGGACUUAAGGAGGGUAACAUCCACUCUGUAUAAAGUAGACAGGUCAGUGUCCCUUAAAGAACUCCUGAUCUAAGAUGAACAAAUUGGACCCAUGAAAUGAGAGGCAGUGGGAGGCUAUGUUUGUCCCAGUCAUUUCAGCAGCACACUUAAAGGUGAGGGUUUGGUCUCCUAGUUCUUCUCCAAUUUGUUAAAUGGCUGGGUUUGAAGCUUUAUACAGCUGUCCUAGCAGAGGUGAUGUUGGAAGUGUUAAAAUUAUUCGCAUACAACGGCUUCUGUUCAAAAUCAUGAAGGGAUAGUUUUAUGGAAAUGCAAAUCUUCCAAAACCCAAAUCCACUUUCCUCAAGAGUUGCCAAACUUCAACAAAAUUAUUCCUUUUGAUGAAAACUCUAACAUGCAUCUGUAUAUAUGUGUCUCUCUUAAAAAAUAUUUGGCUGGAAUAGCAUGCAUGAACGAAGAGAGUAACAACCAGAAGCAGCAGCAACAGCAGCAGCAGCAGCAACAGCAGCAGCCACAACAGCAUGUCACAAACUGGCCUGGAAAACAGGUAGAGACCCUGAGAUUAUGGGAAGAAGCUGUUAAAGCAAGGAAGAAAGGUAAAAAUCUAUGCCCUUAGAAUGUUGUUAAGUGAUGCUAUUGGUGAUAGAUCAAAUUCACAAUAACACUUGUGUCAUGGCAGCAGCCACUAGAUAAUCUGGCAUUCCCUCCUGCCAUUGCCAAUCAGACUCACAAUAGGUCCUUACUGCUUAAUCACCUCAAGCAAUUGCCCAAUUAUGAGAGCCAGGCUGGGAGGCAUUAGUCCUAUUAUGUGUUAGCAAGUCACCUGUCAGCGUGGUCUGCUGCUUAAAUAAAAAAUGUGAGCUCUUGCUCCAGUGUUAAGAAUCGGGGACAUAUAGAAAACUUUGAUUUAAAACCUUUUAUGGCAAUUUCUUUUGUAAAGCUAUGAACUCUAGUGAUAGAAUUAAGACCAGUCAGAGGCAUACUAAAAAGAAAAAGAAAAAAGAAGUUACAAGUCCUUCAUCAGAGAACUAGUUUCUGGGUUCCCCAUGGAGAAUUCUCAGCAACUUUGGAAAGCCAGAGAAGUUAAAUGGCAUAAAGCCACAGUGUAGAUAUUCUCAAUUUUGAUGUCAGGUUGCUCUAAGUUGGCUAGGAAGACAUCUGGCCUAGGUUUCUUGACCUUGUUACCAAUCUCAUCCCACUUGCUUUUUAUUCCCAUCUUGUCUUUCACUUGACAUUUUAACAACUUUCUGUUGCUUUCUUGUGUGAUUAGUUGCAAAACAAAAAAAAGUGGUAUGUUCUCUUCUUGCCAGGGUGACUCCAAGGCCUGCUGUAGGCUGAGCUGGUCACUUAGUUGCCUUUUUUGUAGCUCAUUUUUGUCUUAACUUUAUAACGCACACAAGUAAGCCAAGGAAGUGUUGGCUGACCAUUGGAGGAUAAUGACAUAACUCAUCUAAUGGAGUCUGUUACUAAUUCUUCUCCACACUUGAGCUUCUAAUGGUGGCCCUUUUGUUUCAGAUACAUUUUUUUCUUAAAAUAAUAUGAAAAGUCUUUCUAUUCUAUGUCUUGCGGUGGUUUCCAUACAAGGAAGUAGCAGUGACCUAAUGCAGUGAAAAUCAGUGCCAGAUUUUAAAAAUCUUUGUUUAAAUGCAGGUAAUAGUGGCCUAGUUUGCACAUAUGUUAAGUCAUGGCUUGUUAAACCAUGAUUUGUUGGCUUGUCUGAUCCCCUGUCCAGCAGCUUAACUAUGGUUUGUUAAUUGCCAAGAAACCACAUUCUGAAGCCAUAGUUCGCUGGCUAAGUUUUGUUUUGACACUGUUUUGACAUUGCGUGCAAAUCGAGUACCUUUCCUUAACCAUGGUUUGUUCAGCCACUGCAACCUAGAUGCUUGCCAAGCUACAAAGACAGAAGGCAAGUGUAGCUAGGGAAAGAAAACAAAUUCUUGAGAAGGAAGACAUAUUUUGUUAGAUUGCCUGUGGAACAACUCUUGGUUUGUUAGCCAAACAAGGGUUUUGGGUUAUGGGUGAACUAGGCCAGUAUAAUAUAUACAUGGUGUUUUUGCAUGAAUAGAAGCUACAGAACAACUCUUGGUUACAGGUCCAUUUUGAUACUUCUCCUUCCAUCCACGCUAACUUUUUCAACUAUUGUUGAUCAGUGUACUUCCUUAAAGAACAUUACUGUAGUAGAAGUCUUGUAGAUAAUGAUCAUGUGGCAAUGUCCAGUUUUUAUUAGGAUUAAUGAGUAUAUUGUUAUCCUUAUUAUUUGGAUUUUUGUGUUGUACACCAAAGAAAUCUGGCAAUUAUAACAAACCAUCCAGGUGUUCCUCUUGCAUUAUUCUGCUUUCAGAGUUACAGUAGAUACAGUAGAUUCCAUAAUUAUAAUUUCUGGGCCACUAGAACACACUCUGACACACACACGUCUUACCAAGCUUUCUUCUAAUUUCCCUUUGAAAAAGCUAAGACUUCUUGGGAUGCUGAAUCCUGAACACUAAAUCCCACUCUUUCUAGUGAAAGAUGUAGCAAUAUUUAAUCUUAUAAUCCUGUUCCUCCAAUGGCAGCAUGCACAGCUUCAUGCUAAUUUGGCUUCACAGAUAAAUUGAGAAUGUAACUGGUUCAAGGUUAUUACUCAAUUUUAUGAUUGACUAGGGAUUUGAACCUGGGUUCCCCCAAUGCAAAUCCAGGUUGCUUAUGUAUACGAUCCUGACAUGCUCUUAAUGCUUAAUGCAUAGAGUCUUCCUUAGGACCCAGAGUUUCCCUUCCUUCCCAAAUAAAGGUGUGUUGAGGUGAACUCCAGUUCCUCAAUAACUGACGUCAUAUUUUAGCCCCACCAAACACCUGCAUUUCUUUCUUGUGUUGCCAUUUCCUCCUUCAUCUUCCUCUGGUGCUUAUGGUGGCUGCUGGCAUCUUAAUUUUCAUUGCCCUAUUUUUUAUGAAUUGUGCAUGCACACAGUACCAGGGAACCUGGGGUUGGAGAGACUGUUCUUAGAGUUGUAGCUGGGUGGGGACCUGUGGAAUGCUGAACUCUCUAUAGGGUGCAAAGACUGAACUGGGAGAGAAACCCCCGCAACCUAGGAACAGGGAUGGUUUGACAACUUGGUGGAAACUGAGCCUGCAAUUGCAUGUAUGGCCGACUUUCUUGGGCAAGAAGCAGAAGGCAUUGGCCAUUUCUUAAGGCAGUUUUAACCAUUGAUUUUUGGAAGACAGAGUUUUCACACAUGAUGUAGACCGAGCAUUUUUAUACCUCAGAAUGCAAGAAAAGGGAAUGUCAAGAAAAGAAACCAUUCAAAUAAUUGUUGCCUGGCUGUGGAGAUAGCAUGAGAAAGGAUGACCGGAGUGCGAGUGAAAAGUACUUCAGUCUUAAUCGAUUCUGAACCACUUGCACAAAAGGAACAAAAGUUGCAUUCCAUUGAGAAGUGGAACCCAUUGGCUCUGCUGCAGAAACACCAGCCACAGCACAAAGCAGCCCAGUGAACAAACGGAAAGAUCUGACUUCAGGAUGCAUCCUGUCUUGGCUUCUUGGUACAUAAGUCAGGAUGUGCUCAUCCCAGAGGUACCAGGAAGCCUGGAUGCCCUACUUGUGUUUGCUUCUUUUUCUCUUGCACUGUUAAAGUCUGGGUGCUCCUUAAUUCAUUUUCUCUUGUGAUGGCAAGUCACAUUGGUGCACACUGAAUUAUUGGCACCUAGGUUCCAACAGUUAUAAAUGCAGGGCAGUAUUGUGCAUGCAUAGUAUCCUAAGGAAUGUGAUGGUCAGGACUGGAGUGCUGGCAGCUUCUGUAUGCAAUAGGUGGCAGAUCAGGGCACGAUGAGAGGCUGUAGGUCAGUUGAAAAACCCCAUGCUUCACAGGUGGCAGAUGUCAGAUUCAACCCGUGGCAUCUUAAGUUUAAAAAAUCUCAAAUUUGCUGAGCUUGAAAAGUCCCCUGGUUCUCUGAAGACUUUGUAUGUGGCUGCUAGUAAGAGUAGAUAGUACUGGGAUAGAUUUUUGCCUCACAGUUUGAGAGCCUAUGUUGCCUGGGAACACUUGGCUUUGGUUAGAAAUUUUAAAGUGAGACAUGACAGUUUCAUGCUCGUGUGUAAAUGCAGCCACCUCGGUUAUACUAGAGAGUAGGGGGAAACUAGAGAAAUGUAAUUGAAUGGCUUAAUUGCAACACCUUUCCUCCACCUCCAAUUUUGAUUGCAGAAAGUCAACAGACACUGAGGCCAACUUCAGUCAAGCAAGGUAGGGUCAGAUACAUUUAUAUAGCUUGUAUGGUAAGACCAGACCCUUGGCUCUCUUAGAAUCUAAUUCCCCAGAUACAGUUCCUCCACAUUUGUGGGUUACAAGGCGGCAGUUUCCAGACUCUGACAAUAACACUAGCUGCCUGUCACUAAGAACUAAGCACCCUGGGGAAUUGUAUAGGGGCUAGAGCCCUGUCUACCCAAGCACCUUUUGCCCCUGCCAGUCUUUUCUUAAUCUCACCCUCCCUAGUUGUGCAGUGUGAGGCCCACCUUUUGAAGGGUGGGAUACAGUCUGUCUGUUGUGCAGCUGAGCUAUAGCAUGGCAUAACCAAGGCUUCACGCAAGUUGCUACCUGAAAGAGAUUCUGGCUUUGAUGCACUAGCAAGUCUGUGAACAACUUUAUGCCUUGGCUUUAUGCCUGGAGCUUGCCUAAGUUGAGGUUUCCAAGAGCAGCUAGCUGUUUGUUUUCAUGCCAUAACUAGAGGAGUUAGUUGCACAUCCUUUUCUUUUCCCCCUGUAUGUGAGCAUAAGUAUUCUAUGGCUAGCCAGCAGGUGGUGCUGAUAUACUAGAGGUAUUUACCUCUACCAUGUACGCUUCCUGCUUAUUCUCCCCACAGUUAGCCCCAAGGGUCCUUCUGGUGUACAGUAUAAGCCUAACUCUUUGUCAAAAUUCUAAAGGAAACACUGGUGUGUAACUUUUAGCCAACCUGAAAAGCUGUGUGCCCAGUGGGGUUUGAUGCACACACCUUACUGACUGGGGUGUUGUAGUAAUUUAGUAAGAAGUUACACUUACUAAAUUAUUCCGCCAACUGUGGUUUAAAUUGAUCUUAAGCAGGUAAAUAGUGAAACCAGCUUUAUGUAUUGGUCCCUAAUAAUGACUUUUUAAAACCUUCACAGAAUGUCAGUACAACUUUGAGAAGGCUAUAGAGUACGUACCAUUCGGUAUGUACACUCUCCUCUACUUAUAAUGUUCCUCAUGAGAGGAUUUUCUGCUAAUACUGUGCUGUUUUUAUGAACAAAUCCCCCUUUUAUAUUUUAAAAAAGAACUUUCAAAGGAAAUGUAUUUAAUUCAGAUGAAUUGCAUGAUUGAAGUUAACCUAGGCUGUAGAAUUAAUUGUAUUUAAUGAUCUUAUUCCCAAGUUGAUGCUGUUUGAGGAUACUUAACUGUUGCAGAGAGAGAACUGAGAAUUUGUUGACUGCCAUUAGUUUUCUAAAAAAAAAAUCCAGUGGUUUUGCCAGAUUACCAGGAAACCUGAGAAUAGCUGCAGGUUGAUGGUUAAUUUGUUGGCCUGCAAGCACUCCGUAGCCAUUGGCUGAGCUGCUGUGAGGGGAUCAAAACAUUCUCUCUGCUCAGGAGUGAACUGUCAGCAAUGAGGGCCUGGAGCCGGAGGGGACCGUGUGUUGCAGUGGGAAGGGAUACUUAGAGAUGGAGGGCUGGCUUUGCAAGAGUACAGGUAUGAACCCACAAAAAAUUGCAGUAAGGUUUAUGUAAUGGACUAGCCAUCCAUUAUUUAAUGGACCCUUCUAAGGACUGCCCUGCCAGGGGUUCAGAGUCUUCUCUGGGGUGUCUUUAAUUUUAAUGUUUAGGAAAAAAACAACCUUUGGUCUCUUUUUAUAUCUCUUUCUUGUUUUUUAGAAGCUGCUAACCUGUGCCAAACGUCCACUGCUGCCACUACGCCUGUGACUCUUUCUACUCCCUUCAAUAUAACUUCCUCAGUGGCAUCUGGGACCAUCACCAACCCAGUCACAGUGGCUGCUGCAAUGAACAUGAGAAGCCCAGUCAAUGUAUCAAGCGCAGUUAACAUCUCCAGCCCGAUGAGCCUAGGCCACCCUGUCACCAUUACCAGUCCGUUGUCUAUGACCUCUCCGUUAACACUCACCACACCUGUUAAUUUACCAACUUCAGUAACUGCUCCAGUGAACAUAGCACAUCCGGUCACUAUAACCUCACCCAUGAACCUCCCGACGCCAAUGACAUUAGCUGGUCCAUUAAAUAUAGCAAUGAGGCCAGUGGAGAGCAUGCCUUUCCUUCCCCAGGCAUUGCCAACCUCUCCCCCAUGGUAAAAACAAGCAAACAAAAACUCACAGCAGUAUUAAAAAGAGGAAUGAAAAGCAAGUCCUUACCAGCAAUUAUAUUUUUGUUUCGUUUGUUUUUGUUUCGUUUUAGUUAACAGCGGUAAUGAAACCAGGCUAAUUCAGCUGGGGCAAAAAUAAUAAUAAUAAUCAUGCACAGUUUUUAAAAAUGGAAAACUAUUAUAGUGUCUCUGUUUAGUUAGCUGGCUGUUGAUCUAUAUUACUGGACCACAUUUGUUUCCUUCAAGCUGGCAGUGAUGUUGGAAGAGGAACAGAUCGGAGUUGAAUCCAGUCAUUUUUUAAAAAAAUAAAUAAAUCAGCAUUGCUGAUAGCCCUGGAAAUUGCGAAUGAAGAAACAGUUUUAAUCUAAUGAAGAAACGGUUUUAACCUGAACACUAGAAGGCUUAAGAAAGGCCCUCCAUAUUAUCAUAGGAUGGAGAUGGAUCACUUGCCAGCUCUGUGUCCCUCUGAUUCAGAACGUAGUGUUUGUAGUGUUGUUUUUUUAAGUAAAUGCAUUACAUGGUCCUUUUUUUGUUUUGUUUAAGAAAAUGCAUUUUGAGUAAUUAUGCAUUUUACCUUUUGGGAAUAUGAUAAUUUCAGGCCGAAUUCCCUAUGGGAAAAGUGAUACCAGCUCUGAUAUGCAAAGCAUAUGGUAACUUAUCAUUCUACCUGCAACAUAUACAUAACUAGGGAUUGUGACCUGAUAUUUGGAGAUGUAAAUACUACGAGACAUAUUACCCUAAGGGAAUAUAACAUCAUAUUCAACAUUAAAAAGGAGAAAAAAAACUGUUCAAUGUUUGGCAAGGAACAGCUGUGGCUGGUGGAAGAGGAUUUGAAACCUACACAAGCAUGGUCUCUGCUCAAAACCCAGUUGGGACUCUUUCGGAAGAGCAAAUAAUGGGCUUUGGAACACAGAAAAACAAUGCUUUAAGCUAGAAGACUGUGGAGAUGCUGGGGUAUGAUGUAUGUAUGCCCCCCCAUUCUCCCAAUCAGAACCUGCUGACUGUGUUGACAAAGGAGAGCAGGUGUUGUUCACUAGAAGUUUUUUGUCUUAUAUUAUAAAAUGAUAUACAGUUUUUAUUCUAACCACUAACUAGUUAGGAUGCCCCUUCAGGACAAGCCAAGUGUGCAUCUUAUUGUUUUGUGUUCUUUUCUUUUUUUAAAGCCCCUUUCUUUCUUCCCUUCUCCUUAAUCAAGUGUUGUGCAGAUCUCUUCAACUUUGUAAAUAUUUGCAGGAGAACCCCCCCCCCAAAUCAUUUUUACUUUUAGUUAAUUGUGUUAACCCAUAGUUAUCAAUUUGUGGGGGGUUUCCCAGUAACUAUCUGACCUAUCCAGUGAAGGAGAAAUGCCCCUUUCCCCCACCCGAUGGUCUCAUUUAAAAAAAAAAAAAAAUACAGCUACACGUUUCUUUCAACUUUUUUUAUCUGUACUUAAAAAGUAGGAUGGAAAAUCUAGGGAAGAGGUUACUUUUUUAGGCUAUCAUGUCACAAACAUUUUUUAAUCUUCAUUAAGACCUGUCCUAUAAACAAGAUGACGUGAGAAAUAAUUGGAGGAGCAGCCAGGUGGCUAUUGAUUGGAACCAGGGGCCUCACGACAAAGUGGCUAUCAAUACUUUUAUUUUAAUGGGAUGCAGGAAAGCCUGUGAGGGUCAAGCCCACUGGUGUGUUUUUUUUUGUGUUAAUACCCAUCGUGUCGGUGUAAAAGCAACAUAUUCCGUACUUUUGAGGCAUACGUCUGGGGUCAGGAGACAGAUGGCCAGAUUAUGUGAAAACAAUUCUAGGGGCUUGGACUACAUAGUAAAAAAGGGGGGGGAAUAAUAGAACUUAGUGUAAAAUAAUUUUAUAAAUGAUCUUUUGUACCUUAGGACAUCAAAUUGUACAACUUUUGUAUAUAUAAAAGCUUAGGAACUUCCUGUGUAGCAGAAAGAGAACACAUUCCUACACUUUUAAUGUAUAUGUUUGUUAUAAUGUCAUGUAAACAUAUGCCCCAUGUUUGUGCCUUUUAAUUAGUUUGUCUCAAUAAACAGAAAUGUAGAGA